CUCGUAUUCGUGCUUACCUAGAUGACGUGGGUCUGAAGGGGGUAUGUUGCAUCUCCCAUCGCCUGAAUAGAUAUCGCAUUCAAACACUCUCGUCAACUUAUCCAUAUUCAAGCGAUUACAUGCACAGCUAACGUGCUCGUCCCCAGUAUUCAAUAGCAUUGGCAGCACAUCAUUCUUCCACUUGCAGUGUGCGGAAUCAAGGGACCAUGGCGACACGAAUUGCAUGUCUAUGCAAUCGCUCAUCUCAAACCGUGAUCCUGGACUGGUCACCAGAUUCAGUGAUGCGUAGCCCAUCCGUGCUGCCCUUCUGCCACUGCGAUACCUGUCGUCGGACAGCAGGACUACUCUGCACAUCCUAUGUCCCUCUGAAACAAGGCAAGCAAUCAGGACCCGAUCUUAAUGGCCUUGUCGAAUACCACUUCGAGUCUCUGGUUCUGCGGAACAUGCGGCGCCCAUGUCUUUCUCCAGAUCAAGGGAACCGAAGAUUGACGGAGGCAUCUUCGGUCUGCCCAAGCCAGCUGGAGGGGUUCUUCAGAGCGGAACGGAACGCAACACAUGUUUCACAGGAGCUACCCGCACUGCUCCAGCAUAUUUACACUCCCACUAGCUGGACGAGUGACCAGAAAUCAAACGAAUCUCAGCAGGAAUCCCCAAACUCCGCACCCUCUUCGACCAAAACCUUAGCUGCAAGCUGCCAGUGCGAGGGCGUCAAGUUUUUCAUGACCGCCCCCAAUCACACAUCCCGUUCCCCCACGUCCCCAUGGUCUGAUGUCUUGGUUCCCUACCACUCCUCCACACCCCCCUCUGCGGCGGCUGCCAAUCCCAAUGACGUGAAAUGGUGGCUGUGCGAUAAUGGCACAAAAUAUCUCGCAGGCCUUUGCGCCUGCAACUCCUGCCGGCUAGCAUCUGGCUUCCCGAUCCAAAGUUGGGCGUUUAUUUCACGGUUAAACAUCUUCAAAACAUCAGACGGCUCGAACCUAGCCUACGAUGACUUGGGAACUCUGAAGUAUAAAAGCUCUCCCGGAGUCUAUAGAGAAUUCUGUGGCGUUUGUGGCGCUACUGUUUUCUGGCACUCUGAUGAGAGACCGGAGGUGGUGGACGUGAGUGUCGGGCUGUUGAGAGCGGAGACUAGGGUAAGGAUUGAUGAUUGGCUACAUUGGGAGCUUGGGCGGAUUAGCUUCGAGGAACACGCACUGGAUAAGGGCAUGGUAAGAUUCUUAAAGGAGGGCUUCAGUGGGGUUGGGUGGGACCCCGGUAGGGUAGAUGUUGCCCUCUGGAUAUGGAUGGUGCGAAGUGUUGAAUACGGCGGUAGCCUCGGGGAUACUUUCGGAUAUGUGAUGCAUGAAACAGGUGAAGAUUUUCCUUAAAUACUUUGGAUGGCACGGUAUGAUGUGUCAUUGCCAUGUUUGAUAGAUAGGUAAUCCUAUCCAUCCUAGGGGAAAUAAUUCUAGUAUACCAUGAUUUUAGAAGUUUAAAUCGGGCUGACUGUACAAUAAACUAUUUCUAUUGUAUCAGCCAGUCCCCAACAGCAACGAAUCGCCCUUGAAUCCCUAAUGAACUUUGUAUUUACUCGUCAGCCCUGGGCUAAAUACCCAACAUCCACAUGAAGAUCUAAACUAAAAAAUAAAACCAUAAUGUGUCAGAAAGAAACCAAGAAAGAAACCAAGUAACCGGUUUCGUGCUCCAACAUUCAAAUCUUACUUGUCGAUAUAAUCACAAAUAUAAUCACAAAGAAAAAAACAAACCAAGCGUAGAAAGCCGGCCGACUAAAACACGGGAGAGAAAUGAUCCAAUCCCGUAGAACUCACCCGACGUAUCUACGAGUCGGAUCAGUUUCCACCUACUCCGGGCCCAAAAACGCCGGAAUGUGAGUUAUCAUCAGCUCAAGUGGAUUCCAGCGAUUGGCGCACACAGGAGCAUAACCCGCGCCCCUCCGAUGCAAGCCCGAGCGUGUGGGAAUGCGGGAUGGGAUGAUUGCAUGAUUUGUUUGUUGAUUUAUUAUGUUUUGGCAUUUUGGUGGGUUGGGCAAGGCAAGCAAGUUAAUAUGGAUCUGGGGGGAUUUAUCGACCAACCAACCACCAAUUGCUAAAAUAUUCUAGCGGGAUUGUACCCCGCCUUGCAACAUGUGGUCGUAAGGUUGCUCGCCCGUCCUUCCUUCGUGCGCGCAUAUAAAUAGACCACUAGAUCCCAGAUUUUCUCGGGGAAUCUGUUUUAUCUUCCUUAUUCCUUCGUCAGCCCCAAGGUUUUAUCAGAAUCCAACAUCAUACCUACAGAUAUACCAAGUUAUCAACCGAUUUUUUUUCCAUCAAUUACCCCGCAUUUCAUCAUGGGUGACUGUGGCUGUGCUUGUGGUGCUUCUUGCCAGUGCCCCUCCGGACAGUGCAAUUGCAAAUAAACAUGGCGCUGUAAUUCCCAACUAGACAUAUCCCUUGUCCUUUGUCCGAUUCCGCCUUCCCUGAUUGAUCGUAGGAGCAGAGCGUUGUUCCCCCCCUAAUAACGUGGGAAGUAAUAAUUCCUGUUACCGGGCCGUUGUGAACGGUAUAUGUCAAUUCCCAUUGCCUUCCGCCUAGUAGGGGUUGAUCGAUAUUGGUAGACAGCAUGGGGGCGUGAUUAGGAGUGUCUUUUAGGUUUCAACAUUGGCAGGUGGUAUUCUAGCAUAAAUAUUUUCUGGUAGUUUCAUAACAGCAGGAUGCGCAUUUGAAAUUUUCUUUUUAUAAUUCUGUGUAUGUUAAAAUCUUUCCCGCCUUCAAAGUUUGUGGUGCUGAAGCCCUUGCCUUGGUUUCCCUGUCUCGGCUCUUUUAGUAUUGAAGGGACCCUCAAGCCACUAUCCGUUCAUUAAGGCCGAAAAUCGAAUGACGUCUCAUUAAUUAUCCCUUGCUCUCGGCCAGUCCCUGGCCAUAUUUUGUACACAUAAUGAAGCGGUCUUUCGCUGAUAGAUGUUUUGGGUUGAGUAGCCGCUGCAAGUUCAUGGACCAUAGAUCAUUUGAUCUGGCAAGCAGCUUGAAGCAUCCUUCAUGGCGUCUCAAAUACUUUCAAUAUAGGUUGUUGACGGAGCAUUCUUUAUUUGUUUCAAGGGGUGCUCUAACGGGAAACCCUCUGAGUACCACUAUACAGUGCUACAUCGGGAGAGCAUAUCCCACAAUGAGCCAAUCUGUGUUUCGAAGUCGAAUAGGUUCUAACGAGCCACCGGAGGUCUGCUAAAUUCCGCAUGUAGAUCAUGUUGAGUUUGUGUUUCAUCCGGAAACGAAAUAAUUAAAUCGGGGGUUGGGGGAAGG